AGAGAAUGCGGAAGUGAGGUAGUAUCGGUCUGGGUGGAAGGAAACGCUUGUUGUGAGUGCUGGCUACCCGUUAAUGCAAAGAGAAAUAUUUUUCAGAGAUGGGUGACAUGCUUCCAGCUUGAGAGCAAACCAACAGGCAGGCCAGAGAGAAAGGAUGCCACAUAAGAGGGGAGCUAGUGACUCUACGACACAGACAGCUCCUGUAACCCAUGACACGACUGAUCGCUGGAUGUUUCGGAGAAGACAGAAAGCAUAUAUUUUAUCCUCUUCACAGUCCAAUCAUUUCACUAGAGAAAGACAGCAUAAUUAACAAUUUGCCAUUUCAAGGAACUUUAAAAGCUGAAGAAAUACUCUCUCUCUGUCCAAAAUGAACGUUAUAUCCACCUUGAUAGUAUUUGACAACCUCCAUGAGGUUAGGAGGCUUUGUCACUGGGGUCCGAUCAUUGCACUUACUGUCAUUGCUGUGUGCUCGUCCAUGGCCAUACUCGACUCUGUUAUCUGGUAUUGGCCCUUGGACACUACGAGUGGCAGCAUUAACUUCAUUAUGCUCAUCAACUGGACUGUCCUCAUUCUCUACAACUAUUUCAAUGCCAUGUUUGUGGGUCCUGGAUAUAUUCCUUUAGGAUGGAAACCGGAAAAUCAGCAAGACACUAUGUACUUACAGUUCUGUAGAGUGUGUGAAGGUUAUAAAGCCCCAAGAUCUCACCACUGCAGAAAGUGUAACAGGUGUGUGAUGAAGAUGGAUCAUCAUUGUCCCUGGAUCAACAACUGCUGUGGACAUCUGAAUCAUGCCUACUUUACCACUUUCCUCCUCCUCGCCCCGCUGGGUUGCAUUCACGCAGCUCUGAUUUUCAUCAUGACAAUGUACUCUCAGUUAAAUGACCGGAUCUCUUUCGGUUGGAGCUCAGUGAAGAUAGACAUGAGUGCUGCGCGACGUGUCCACCAUCCCAUAAUGCUAUUCAGCAUAUCAGCGUUUGCAGCCAAUCUGUUUGCUCUAGGAUUGGCAUUGGGCACUACCAUUGCUGUCGGCAUGCUGUUUUUUAUUCAGAUGAAAGUGAUUCUGCGAAACACAACCUCAAUUGAAGUAUGGAUUGAGGAGAAAGCCAAAGACAGAAUCCAAUAUUACCAAACAGGAGAGGAGUUUAUCUUCCCGUAUGACCUGGGCAGUCGCUGGGAAAACUUUAAGCAGGUGUUCACCUGGUCUGGCACCCCAGAAGGAGAUGGCAUCGAAUGGCCCAUAAAUGACAAAUGUCACCAGCAUACGCUAACUAUUGAGCAACUGAAGCAGAAAGCGGACAAGCGUGUGAGAAGUGUGCAGUACAGGGUUGUGGAGGACUACAACGGAGCAUGGUGUCCACUAGGAAAGGGAGUAAACACGUUCUUCCGGUCACCCUGCACUGAAGAACCCAGGAUCAAACUCACUAAAGGGGAAACCAUCUUUGCCACAAGAGGAACCAAGUGGUGGAUGUACGGGGACAAAGUUUUGGAUGAGGAACAGGCCAAAGCUGGACUCCGUGUUAGAGGGUGGUUUCCACGCCGCUGUGUGGAAAAGUGCCACUAUGACUCAGCGAAUAACACACCAGCAUGCGAAGAAAAGAAAGACAAAUAAGACAAGUGGGGUGUGUUUUACUGUUUGACUUGUACACUGAGCAAAAAAAAAAAAUUCCUCAAGGGUUCCAUGGACAGUUAAUGUGAUGGAUUUAGCUUUGUAAACGGGUUCUACAUAGAACGGGAAUCCAUCUGUUGUAGAGGUCUACAUGGAUUAUUUUUAUGGUUCCGUUAAAAAUUAAAGACUCUGUACCAUGCUGUAUUUCUGCUCCUGACCGAUCCAGAGAUGUCUGAUUUCUUAAUCAUUUCAAUGGCAGAUCAACUGCUGUAUUGUCCAAACCAGCAGAUUCUGCUUCUUCAUACGAACUUCUGUACCUUUUUAACAUUUUCAAAGAGAACAUAAGUGACGUGUGGCACUGACAGAAUUGUGCCUGAAGAAUGAACCAGGGUUUGUAAGCAUUCCUUCAUAGGAGCUGAGCAAAUGAUAACUUGAAUAUAUUGUUUUCGCUGUUUCUCUCUUUGAUGUCCAAGCCGUUUAUGCAAUGCCUUUGCCAGCUGUAUCAAGGUCUUAGUCAUGCAAAUACUCUGUAUUCUUUGUACAGAAAAAAAUUUUGAUUUUAUUUUUGAUUAUUUUUGUAAGACUGACGUGAACCUCACAAUAGACUUCAAAGAGAAGUAAACAUUUCUGCUCUGUAUAUUGUAAUCCUUUUUUUUUAAUAUAUAAAAAAAAAUGGAAAUAAUUUAUUCAGUAAUUCUGCUUUUCAGUGCUUGAUAUUUUCAAAUGUACAUAGCAUUUAAAUGAAAGCAUUCUGUAUUUUCCUGUCUAAGCAAUUGCAGUGAAACAUAAACAACAAUUUCAAUACAUUUC